UCCAGCACCAAUUCACGCAGCAUUACUCACGGCACGCAUUACUAAACUGUGAUGAUGGUGUUGGGUGUCACUUUAUCAACCCAGUGUGCGGAUCACAAAACCACGAGCUUUUCACCAGGGAUUAUUUACAUGAUCUUCGAUAAAUUACACCUUGUGCCGCAAGAAACUAACUUGGUGAGGAGAAGAAGAAGCGAAAACUGAGUGACGGUCAACGCCGGUCCGUUGACUAACUUGUUAUUUGUUGUCACUCGUGAGGAGUUGUUGAGAUCGCUUGCGACCAACCAUGGAAGAAGUGAUGAGGAUAUUCAUUUCCUGAUGAUGCGAUAAGCGUUAUCUACAUAAAUGGACACGAUGUUACAAGCCUCCGCCGUGGUCGUCUGGGAAUGGCUCAGCGAGCACGGGCGCUGGCGGCCGUACAGCCCGACCGUGUCUCACCACAUAGAGGAGGUGAUAAGAAGCGAUCCCCGCGGCGGAAGCGUCGUUCUAGGCCGAGCCGACAGCCGCCUGUCGCCCUACAUCAUCGAUCUACACUCCAUGCAUCAGUUCAGACAGGACACCGGUACGUUGAGACCAGUGCGACGGAGUUUCUAUAACCCCACCUCAGCGCCAGGCCAAGGUUGGAUAUGGGAGUGGGAAAAUGAUGCAGGUUCUUGGACAGCCUUUGACAUGGAGGUGAGCAUUGCCUUGCAAGCGGCACAGGAUCGACAGCAACCCUGUUUGGACCUGACAUCGUUGGGCUUUUGCUACUUUGUGGACUUCCAGACCAUGACCCAGAUAAACAGGCAAACGCAGCGACAGAGACGCAUCCAGAGACGCUCAGACAUGGUUUACCCACUAGUUACUGGGCCACUGCCUAAAAAUUCACUGGCUUGGGGUACUGGCUCAGGGACUGGAGGCAUGGCUAGAAAGGUUACAGCAGGUGGAGGAUCAACGGGGGCUCUUCUUGGGGUAGGCGUUUCUGGUUCUACCUUGAGUAGAAAAGGAAGUGCCGUUUACCCAAGCGGACGCUUUGUAUCAUCUCUUGCUCCUCUCGGACAGCCCUGUGCCUGCCAGCAGUGCAUGCUGGUGUUGAGUGUAAAGGCAAACGGCGCUGCAACACAGACACUGGGACGUGCAACAAAGCCAAACAGUCCAAAAUCCAACUUUGGGACACUUCCAUCCUCCUCUGUUUUAAGCUCGUAUUCUCAUACACUACCACAUGGAACAUCUUUAAAAUCCAUGCCCACGGAAGCCAAAAAUUCUGCUGCUUUUGAUCAGUCGUUGUCCCUUCUCACAUCGGCCACUGCCAAUCUCUCAAUCUCCUCUAGCCGCCAAACGCCUACAUCUUUGCCCCCAACUCUGCCAUCACAGAAUCAGCUGCCUCCAUCCACCGCAAGUUUAUCAUCUUCAGCAACGUUUGUGCCAACUGCCAUACUUGUUAACACGUCAACAAGUCCCACGCCAUCCACAGUUUUUACGUCAUCAUCUUCUUCAACGUUGGCCUCUCAGCGCUCCGUUGCCUGUGCUGCCCCUCUACCACCUCGUGCCAGUCUGGCAGGGCUUAGUCAGCCUGCUUUGCAGAGAAUUGCCAUGGCACAGUCACGAGUACUUAUUGCCUCUGGGAUACCGACAGUACCAGUGAAGAAUCUUAAUGGCUCCAGCCCUGUCCAACCGGCAUUAGCUGGUAUUACUGGUAUUCUGAUGAGUGCUGCAGGACUACCUGUAUGUUUGACCCGUCCACCAAAAUUGGUUCUGCAUCCUCCACCUGUCAGCAAAAGUGACAUCAGACCGAUUCCUGGGAUCGGGAACUGUUGCCGCAAGACCACCAAGAAACAAGCCCGCAAAGGUAAAACACCUGAGGAAGUGGUAAAGAGGUACUUGCAGAAGGUCAGGAAUCCACCAGAAGAAGAUUGCACUAUCUGUAUGGAGACUCUGUUGGGACCCUCUGGGUAUAAAGGUCCAGGUGUAGCGAGUGGUUCACGUGCUGAGUCCGUCGGACGACUGGCGCAAUGUGGGCAUCUUUAUCACCUACAGUGCCUAGUGGCCAUGUACAACAAUGGCAACAAAGAUGGCAGCCUGCAGUGUCCCACAUGUAAGACAAUAUAUGGAGUUAAGACGGGAAACCAGCCACCCGGUAAGAUGGAGUACCAUGUCAUCCCGCACUCACUUCCAGGAUACCCAGACUGCAAAACCAUUCGCAUCAUCUACAACAUACCUGCCGGGAUACAGGGUCCUGAGCAUCCAAAUCCACGGAAGCCUUUUACUGCGAGAGGAUUUCCCCGUCAUUGUUAUCUCCCAGACAAUGAAAAAGGACGAAAGGUGUUAAGGCUUUUGUUGGUGGCGUGGGACCGACGGCUGAUCUUCUCCGUGGGAACAUCCAGCACCACCGGGGAAUCAGACACCGUCAUCUGGAAUGAGGUCCAUCACAAGACAGAAUUCGGCUCCAAUCUUACUGGACAUGGCUUUCCAGAUUCUGGCUAUCUUGCUAAUGUACUAGAGGAGCUUAAAGCCCAGGGCAUCACUGAAGAUGAGGAGCAGCAGCUCUGAGAGGAUGUUUCCGAUGAUGGUGAAAGAAAAAUGAUGGUACUAGAUGUGCAUUUGAAAUGGGGAGCACAGAAAUAUGUGAUUUAAUAUGAAAAUAACUAAUGUGAUCAAUUGGUACAGAUAACUGUGUGAUUUCGCACAGAGGUACAAGUCGGUGUAUAUUCUAUAAUCUCAAUACGGAGUACUUUGGCAUGAAGUAACACAACAAUAGCACUAUUCUGAUGGGAUAAGUAUUACCUGGUGACCUCUAGCCAUUUGUAAUAAUUGCGGAGGUUGUCCGCGAUCUUAAUCCUGUGUGAAUCGGCCAUGUUUGUAAUUUGUAAAGUAAAAAUUCCCCCGCAAAUGGCCUACCAUAUUUUGUCGAACACCGAGGUCCUGUGUUAACAUUAGUUCCGUGCGAAUCGGCAUCUCUGUGAUUUGGCGGGGUCGUUUAUAAUUUUUUCAAUAGCCUAAUGUCAUCAUAUCCAGGAAAUAAGUCAGUAAAUUCGAAUAAAAUCACAGGCUUCGCCUAUCUCGUGCGAAUGCGUCACGCAAAACUUAGAUGUAGGGGGGUGAUUUCAAAUUCACACGAGGUUCCCAGAUAAUACUAAUCCCGUGCGAAUAGGGCUUAAAAUUAUAUUUGGUUAAAGGUGAAAGACAGGUUUGAAGGAAAAAGGAAAGUGUGGCAAGCAAAAAUGGGAAGUGGAGGAGACUUGUGGAUGUAGAAAAUGAGGGAAUAGAAAGACUAAGAAAAUGCUGGUUAAUGAAGCAACAGAAAUGUUUUAUUUGAGUUAAGUUAGGUUGCAGUGUGAGUUUGUGUACAUUGUGUAAAAUCAACUCUUGUGCCUCCACUAGCUGGAAACUGUUUACUGGAACUGAGAAGUAUAGUUUGCAUCUGAAUGUUUGUAUUAUCAUGCAUCAUUCCCUGUUUUCAAAAUGUAUUGAGAGCUUAUACUAUGUUUGUAAAGAUUAUGUGUGCAUGUGUUUCAGAAGUCAAAAUGGAGCAGAAAUUUUAAUAUCAAAUUGAUUUUGAAAUGAGUUUAAUGGAAACAUGAUUUAUGCUUGUUUAAAUGAAGCAUGAGAACUCUAACUAGUUGUUCUUCUUCAGAUAAUGUGAAGGUACUUGAUAUGCUCAUUAAGAAAAAAGAUGUCUGUAAUAUGUUUCAUAUAUAUUAUGAAAUAUUACCUUUUCACGGUACAGAAAUCCAAUUUGGUUUUAAGCUAAGAAGUUUAACUAUGAAUACAAUGAAUAAAUAAAUAUGUUCAACUUUAAUACUGAAAAAUAAUCAAAUUAAUAAAGAUUGAGCUGGAUACAGUGAAAUGACAAGCACUUCAUAGAGACAGUAGAUGGAUAGAUGGUUAAAGAGAUCCCUAGGGGUCAGUUUAGUAAUUGUUUGCCAAAAUGAUUUUCGCAAACUCAACAUAUUUGGAAUAAAAUAUGAUUUAGCUCUUUUUAACUGUUCUUUACUGACAUGUACCCUGUUUUUAGGCCAGUCUGUAUGUUAGGUCAAUUAUUGACCUGUUUUAUAAUAAUCAACUUCUUAUGACCUAAAGAACAUGCCACUGUUUGGCAUGUGUGUAUCUGCAUGUGGAUUGCCCAUGCAUCAUUUGUAUGCCUGCAUUUGUGCGUGAUUAAACAAAAGAGUGUAUGCCAUGCAUCCACCACCCAGAGGGAUGGUGUGUUGCUCAUCUGUUUAAUAUUUUUUUUUUCAUGUAUUUUUCUUUUAAAUUGAUGUUUUCUUCUAUUUUCAUAGUUUACAAUAUUUUAAUGUUUCAUAUUGAGAACUUUUAUACUCAAAGGUGAGCCUCAACUGUUUUUGGUUUCUUUUUUCCUUCCUACAUAAUAAAAGCCAUUUUUGAUAAGCCA